AUUGAUCCCAUUAUAUAAAAAUUGUGUAAUGAUCUGAAUAUGGUUGUUUAGACUUAGGGUUAUCAAAGAUUACAUCACCUCUUUGAUUUUUGAUUACCAAAAGUAAAACCCAUUUGAUUUUGAAUAUUUCUUGUUCUAGGCAUUGACAAAGUCUGUCCCUUUCCUUUUUUUUUUGAAUGUUCACUACAGAGUGGUUGGCUAAAACAUAAUUAAUCUUGUUAAAUUCAAUAAAAUAUUGGUAAUUAUGAUGGGUUUAUGUCAAUUUGUAGUACUUGUUGUUAGGGGGAGAAGGAGGGAUAAACAACUAGGCAAAAAAAACCCUGCAAAUUGAUUGCUGAGAUUUGGGAAAAAUAUCAAUAAAAUUGUCAAUGAAUUGGCAUUCAUAGUGAACUAUUCAGCCCUAUAUAUAUAUAUAUAUAUAUAUAUAUAUAUAUAUAUAUAUACAUAUCUUAUAAAGCAGCGGAAUCUGUUAGCUAUUGUAGCAUUUUUAAAGAGGAAAUUUAGUGACCAGAUUAUAGUUAUGAAUCCAAACAUCUUGUUGUAUUUUCUGCUUGUGUUUUCCUAUUGUUGGUUUCUGGAAGCAAGAACUGAUCCUACUGAUUUGGCUGCUUUGAGAUCUCUCAAGAAACAAUGGAAAAAUACGCCGCCCAACUGGCGUAAAAAGGAUCCGUGUGGCCGAAGAUGGGAGGGUAUUUUCUGUAAUGAUUCACGUGUGAUCAAGAUUAUAUUACCGGGAACAAAUUUAGCAGGACCAUUGCCUGAAGACAUCGUAUCAUUAUCUGAACUGCAGAUUUUGGACCUAUCGAACAACCAAUAUCUAACGGGCCAUCUUCCAGCAAAUAUCGGUUACCUGCAAAAUUUAGAUAGUCUUGUUCUUGUCGGCUGUAAUUUCUCUGGCCCAAUUCCAGAAUCUUUAGGAUCUAUUCAGAAACUUACACAUUUGUUUCUGAAUCUUAAUCACUUUAGUGGAAGCAUACCUCACUCCAUUGGUAACCUCACAAAUCUCAUCUGGCUUGAUCUUAGUGAAAAUCAGUUGAAUGGAGCAUUACCUGUUUCCAAUGCAACUGCACCUGGCCUGGAUAUGCUGCUUAAGGCUGAGCACUUUCAUCUUGGAAAUAAUAGGUUCUCGGGUGAAAUUUCACCACGUCUUUUCAGCUCAAGGAUGGCCCUGAAACAUGUUAUUUUGAAUGAGAACCAGCUGAAUGGAAACAUUCCAGACUCAUUGGGGCUUGUACGGACAUUAGAAGUCAUUCGCUUGGACAGAAACUUCUUUAGUGGUCCCAUGCCCCAAAAUUUGAGCAUGCUCACAAGGAUGUCUGAGCUCUACUUGGCAAACAACAAUUUGAGUGGGCCAAUUCCUGAUCUUUCUGGAAUGAAUCUUCUUACAUAUGUUGAUUUGAGUAAUAAUAGUUUCAAUAAAGCAGCUGCUCCUCAGUGGUUUGAGACUUUACUAGAUUUAACGACCUUAAUUAUGGAAAACACUGGUCUAGAAAGCCACAUAUCAACAGCACUGUUGAGCUUACCUCACCUAGAAUCCGUGAUUCUAAGUAGCAACCAGCUUAAUGGCACUUUGGAAAUUUCUGCCAGUGUCAGCAGCAGUCUUCGCCUUUUAGAUCUACGGAAUAAUUCCAUCGAUGGAUUCAGUUCUGCAGCAGUCAACAGGAGUAUUAGCGUUAUGCUCGAUGAAAACCCAUUUUGUCUGAAAGCAGAAGCAGCAAGAAUCUGCAAUAAUAGCCGACCUUUGAGGUCAUUUAUACCAUUAGAGGAUUGUGCUCCUCUACCUUGCUUUUCGGACCCAAUAUUUUUAUCUGAUUGCAGACGCCCAUACCUUGGUAGCCUGUUUUUCAGAUCAUUCAGCUUUUCUGAUCUGACGAACAGUCUCUACUAUGCCUUCCUAACAGAAUCUUUGCAACCUAGACUUGAAAAGCUUCAAAUUCCUAUAGAUAGAGUUUGUUUAGUGAGUUCAAUGAUAGAUCUUAAUGGGUACCUUGUAUUGAACAUAUCAUUCCUUCCUCCUGAUGGGUAUUCCUUCAAUCGAACAGGAGUAUCUACCAUUAAUAAUUAUCUUAAUAACCAUAUUUACCCUUCACCAUAUGGACCUUAUUACUACAGUGAUUUGUCAUAUACCAACUUUCCAGGACCGGGAAAAAAUACUGGCCUUAUUGUUGGAAUAUCAAUAGCUGGCUCUGUGCUUGCGUUGCUAACAAUCGUUGCUGUGGUUUAUGGUUAUCGUCAAAGGAGGAUAGCUCAGCUAGCUGUUAAAUUAAACAAUCCUUUUGCAUCCUGGAAUGACGGUAAUGUCCCUCGGUUGAAGGGAGCCAGAUGGUUCUCAUUUGAAGAUGUCAGACAGUGCACCGGUAAUCUGUCACAUGAAAGUGAGAUUGGAGUUGGGGGUUACGGAAAGGUUUAUAAGGGUAAACUGGAAAGCGGAGAACUAGUAGCCAUAAAAAGAGCUCAGCAGGGAUCAUUGCAGGGUGCCUUAGAGUUCAAAACUGAGAUCGAAUUGUUAUCAAGGGUUCACCACAAGAAUGUUGUCAAUCUUAUUGGCUUCUGCUAUGAUAAAGGUGAACAGAUGCUGAUUUAUGAAUAUGUUGCAAAUGGUAGUCUGAGAGCGGCUCUUUCAGGGAAAUCCGGAGUUCGAUUAAAUUGGAUAAGAAGGCUGAAAAUAGCCCUUGGCGCAGCUAGAGGUCUUGCAUACUUGCACGAGCUUGCUGAUCCGCCCAUAGUUCAUAGGGACAUCAAAUCCGACAACAUCCUUUUGAGUGAUCACUUAAAUGCAAAAGUCGCGGAUUUUGGUCUGUCUAAACUCUUAAGUGAUCAUAGAGGUCAAGUGACCACCCAAGUUAAGGGCACUAUGGGUUACUUGGAUCCAGAAUACUACAUGACCAACAUAUUAACUGAAAAGAGUGAUGUCUAUAGUUUUGGAGUGGUGAUGCUCGAGUUGGUGACUGGAAGGAUGCCAUUGGAGAACAACAAAUACAUUGUCCGAGAAGUACGAGAGACAAUGAAAGAGAGCGGAUAUAUAUACAACCUUGUGGACCCGGCUAUUCGUGUAGACGCUCUGAUAGGCAUGGAGGAGUUUGUGAAACUGGCUUUAAGUUGUCUCCAAGAUAUGUCGGAUGAAAGACCGUCAAUGGGUGAAGUGGUAAAAGAGAUCGAGAAUAUGAUUGAAGCGAACAAUCUGAAUGAUGACGUUGAAUCAGUUGCCACCUCAGCAAGCUUCGAAGGAGGAUAUCGUUAUCCAUAUAGCAGCAACAGCAACGUCUCCUUUGGUAGCAGCGCUACUGCGAGCAGCCCUUUUAUCAAAUAAGCAAACCUUUGUAAUAAUCGAUUUGAUUUCAUCUUAUUGUAGGUAUCCUUUACGCUUCUCAUUUUUUAUCGAGGUCGAUUACCGAGUAUUUCUGUCUUUUGAAUUUGCAUCAUAGGACUCCGAAAGUGUUCACUUAUUCGAGUCUUCUGGAGCAAACUCAAAAGAACACAUGAAGUAGUACAUAAGAGUGACAUUUGAUUUGUUUAUUGACUGUUGUACACAAUUUCAUGUAUAGUCUAGAAUAAGCACCAGUCAUUCUUGUUGUAGGCAUGAUCAUUUGCUGAUUGGUCCAGUCAUCUUUGUGCCGAACCUAAAACCAUGGCUCUACCUAGUUUUAGUAAUAACUUAAUUUAUCAAAAUUAAAGUGAAGAGAAUGGAGUACUGUUUCAGUUGACAGAAUUUAAGUUUAAUUUUCGUCGCCCCCUCUCCGAGCACUCCCCACCCUUGCAUACACUAAUCUAUUAAUCCGAAAUUAGAGUAGUUCAAAACAGACUUGACAAUUCGAUAUUCACCCGAUUUUGUAACUAAAUUCAAUUUGACUCGAAUUAAAAAUGAAUUUACAAAUAUGUAAAAAUCAAUGUCGGCACAAAAUUCGAUUUUAAACUGAUCCGUACCACCUAACCCGA